AUCCGUAGACAGCCCACAAAGUCCAUUCAUUUGUCGAUCGGACUUCUUGGCUGACGCAACGAAUAGUCGCGCUCGCUUCACACGGAACUUCGGAUGUUUUAUGGCCCUGAAAAGCGGGACAAAGAUCGUAGGAUAAAACCCAUACAAAAGUGAAGUGUAGUCAUUGCUCCAAGGACACAAAAAAAAGUCCUGAUAGUGUGCCAAUAAAAGUCCAAAUAGUGAUUUAAAGAGAGCUUUAAAUAAAACAGAAACUACCAAAGUUAUAAGGAAUAACUUACAAAAUGUUGCCAUCCUGCUAUUCGAAUGGUUCGGUACUGCCUGACAACGAGGAGCUGGUCAACUCGCUGCUGGCCAAUCCCGAAUAUCUUCGCACCAAUGCCAAUCCACUGGGCCCAAGUGCCGUCGGUAUGGAUAGUCUCAUGUGCAGCUCGUUUCCAUCGGCCUUCUACUACCAGGGCAUCGACAACUUCCUCGCUCUGCACAAUAAUAUCUGGACUCUGCCCAUAUCCUUCCUGCACAACACCCAUCGGCCGGAGAAGCCACCAUUCUCCUACAUUGCUCUCAUUGCGAUGGCCAUCAGCAGUGCUCCCAAUCAGCGUCUAACCCUCAGCGGCAUCUACAAGUUUAUCAUGGAUAAAUUCCCCUACUAUCGGGAGAACAAACAGGGCUGGCAGAACUCCAUCCGGCACAAUCUCUCGCUGAACGACUGCUUCGUGAAGGUGCCGCGGGACAAGAACACCAUCGAUGACAAUGAUAGCGCCGGAAAGGGCAGCUACUGGAUGCUGGACGCCUCCGCCUCGGACAUGUUCGAGCAGGGAAACUACCGACGGCGUCGAACGCGGAGACAGAGGCACUGCACCAACGCCAGUCGCUAUGAGCGGGAUGCGGGCAAGGAUGCCACGGAUGGCAGCAGCACGGCGGAGAUCAGGUCGCCCAGCGACUCGCUGAUCGACUUCGAUAUCUUCUGCAACGAGAGGCCCAACUACUCGGAUCGCAUCACAGAUCUGCACCGUCAGUACCUAUCCGUCUCCCUCGGCUUCAACAGCCUGUUCAACGGCGACCCAAGUGGGGUGCGGCAGCUGCAAGUCGCCUCCACGGCGGUUAGAGAAUCCAACGCAGACGCAGACGCCGACGCCGAUGUGGAUGGCGAUGCCUCCACGGACAGUCCGUGCUCCAGUUCCAGCAAGACAGCUCAGAACGUCCCGGAUAGUGCGGCAGCGUUGCACGACGAGUUACAUUCCCCGAGCGCCUUCACACCGACCCUCAACUGCAGGCUCCCAGGGCUGAGUGAUGCAUUUAGGGGGAUCCAACAUCUGAUGCCCAGCGAUACGGCUCCAGCACCUAGUACCAGCCCCACAGCAGCGACCAGUCGUUCAAAGACGACGCUAUUCACAAUCGACAAUAUUAUUGGCAAGCCCUGAAUGGUGCAAUAUGGCUGUUACGGAUAGCAUAGCAUUAAGUCUUUUCACAAAUUUCAAUACAUUAAAAAUUAUAAAA